AUGCAAGGUAGGGCACUGCACAGACAUGCGCCCAACAAACUGGCGGCUGCGAAGCGAGUGCUGGAGCGACUGCGGAAGCUCCCCGCGCUGAAGUCUGUGUUGGAGACCGUGGAGACCCUGAACAAGUUCUACCUGGCCAUAGCGGAGUUUCCGAUUGACAAGAAGAACCGCGACGCAGAGGUGGCGUUGUCACGCAUCCCCGAGUUCAAAGCCGUGACGAAGGCGCUGCAGAGCACAAAAAUCCCAGUUCCCACCUCGUCCGCCGUCGACUCUCACAUCGAAGGCUUCGCUGACACUGGGUCGCAAGCAUUGCGCUUAGGUGGCGAUCGAUCUAGGAGAAGCAAGCAGCAGUUCCGCGGUUGCAGCAACACUGGGACAGCAUGA